AACCAGGAUGUGUUUUAUAUAAGUGGGUGUAUCUCUGUUCCUAUCUCCCCACUGCUUCUUCCACAGUUUGUCUCCCUCUCUGUAACAUCACCUCCUCGUCCUGUUCUCCACUGGACUUUAAGCUCUACUUUCUAACUCACAUUAACCUCUCAAACCGACAUGGCUUCACGGAAAAGAAACCUCCAGGAGGACAACGGGGGGCAGGAGGGAGCUCUGUCCGCCUCCAAGCACUCCAGGUCGGGGAAGAAGAGGCACAUCGCAGCGCUGAUCCUGGCGAGGGGAGGGAGCAAGGGGAUCCCUCUGAAGAACAUCAAAAUGCUGGCAGGGGUUCCUCUCAUCGGAUGGGUGCUGAGGGCUGCUGUGGACUCCGAGUUAUUCGACAGCGUGUGGGUAUCGACGGACCAUGAAGAAAUCGAGAAGGUGGCCAAAGCCUGGGGUGCCAAAGUCCACCGCAGGAGUCCUCAAGUCUCCAGAGACUCUUCCUCAUCCCUGGAGACCAUCCAGGAGUUCUCCAGGCUCUACCCAGAGGUGGAUGUCAUCUGUCACAUUCAGGCUACGUCCCCGUGUCUCCACCCGUUCCAUCUGAAGGGAGCUCUGGAUUUGAUCACGGAGCAGGGCUACGACUCGGUCUUCGCUGUGGUGAGGAGACAUCAGUUCCGCUGGAAGGAGGUGAAGAGGGGAUCCGAUGACUUCACCCACCCGUUCAACCUGGACCCUUUGAACCGGCCGCGGCGACAGGACUGGGACGGGGAGCUGUGUGAGAACGGCUCCUUCUACUUCGCCACCAAAGAACUGUUGAAUGAUGCCAAAAGUAUGCAGGGCGGUAAGAUCUCAUACUUUGAGAUGAUGCCCGAGUACAGCGUGGACAUCGACGUGGACAUUGACUGGCCUGUGGCAGAACAGAGAGUCCUCAGGUACGGAUACUUCGGUCGGAACAUCCCAGAAAUGGUCAGCCUGAUGUUCUGUAACGUGUCCGGAUGUCUCACAGAAGGGAGGAUCUUCCUGUCCAUGUCCGGAGAGGAGAUGGUGUCCAUCAACACCAGAGACACCAUGGGCAUCCGCAUGCUGCAGAAGGAAGACGUGGAGGUGGUGCUGCUGACCUCCAGCCUGGACCCCGUAGCCAAGUCGCUGGCUGAGAGUCUGACCAAGAGGACGGGCUGCAAGGUGAUAGAGGUGGGGAGCGAGCCGUUGGAUUCUUUGAAGCUGGUGGUGGGGCAGAAGAAGGUGGACUGGAAGGACGUGGCGUACAUGGGUAACGACACGCAGGACGUGAGCUGUCUGAAUCUGGCAGGUUUGAGCGCCGUGCCCAAAGCCGCCCCGACGCUCGCCAUCAACGCCGCAAAGUACACCUGCCGCAGCGGCGGCGGGAAAGGAGCCGUGAGGGAGUUCGCCGAGCACAUCCUCCUGCAGAAGAAGAAGGCCCAGUCGCAGAUGGAGCAGGACCGCAUCGACCGCAAGAACUUCUGAGUCAGAAACGAGAGAUCUGAAGGAAGUCCGCAUGAAAGCCGGAUGAAGUUUGGUGCCGUUUUAAUAAAAAUCCUAGAUGCAUAUGAAACUUUAGAGUUAGCAGAUUUAGAUUGUUUACUAUCAAGUGUAAAAGCAAGUUUUCCCUGUUAAUUUAAACGCACGCUUUUAAGUUAUUUUCACAAACGAAGGAGUUAACGUCACAAUUUGAGAAUCCGAAGUCCACAUAUCUUGAGGUUUUGUUGCAUUCAGAGCUCGAGGAAGAACCACUACCUGUUGAGUGAUGAGAUCACACUUGAAUACAAACAAUAGGAGCGCUCCACCUGAAACACCUGAAACACCUGAAACCACUGGAACAACUCAAACUGGAAAAUGCUGUUUAACCUGAAAAGAGAAGGCCCAUGACAUUUGAGCUUCUGAAGGGACUUUUCAUGAUUUCAACACCCCCAGAAUCUUCAGUUAUUAUUUCAUGGUUAUGUGUUAUUGCUCUUAUAUACAUGUAUAAUUUGAGAUGCAGCUUUUUUAAAAACGUAAACACCUUGCUAUUUUAUGAUUGAGGUGUUUAAAACCAAAAUAUAUUAUUUUUUCUAAUACUAGCUUUUGGUAUGAUCAAUCAACUGAGGUUGGGUGGCUUCGGCUAAAGGCCAAAUUCCACCAGAUCUGUGUCCGGUUCGUCUCCGAUCCGUCACAGCACUGGAUCUGAUCGGUUUCUAUUCUAGUCAAUGUGUUAACUUCCACUGGAUCCGCCGCGUUGCGUUCCAGCUGAAAAUGUAACUUUAUUAGGAAUCUAUAUUAAAAAAAAAGAAAUAUGUUUUUUGAAUUUAAAAAAAAUCAAGUUAUCUGUUUUUGCAAUAAUGUCCCAAACGGUGCUUUAAUUUCUUUUACACUCUCCUCGGCGCAAAUUUAAAAUUUUGGCGAAAUUAAAGCAACAUUCGUUUUACAAUCACUUAAUUAUUUUUAUGUUAAUUUUAUGAGAAAUAUGAUUAAGCUUCCUCGUCUGUGUGGUAAACCUGAUGCUAAAUCCUGGGGCAAGCUAGCUUAGCUUUACUUAGCUUAGCUUAGCUUAGCUUAGCACAAAGAUUGACGUGAGGACAACUUGUGUGGCUCUUUUUUAAAAUCCCUUUUCAGUACCUGUUAUUGUUUGUUUCUGUUUCUGGGCCAGAGAGACAAAGUGUCUGUGGUUUCAAGGGGGGGGAUCAAAUUCUCACUGGUUUCAAGGCCUGGAGCAGGGACCUCCCGUGAAACCAA